AUGUCUACCAACGAGAAUGUCCCAAAGGCAAUGCUCUACUACUGGCCCGACUCGGUCUGGUCAACAGUCCCCCGCCUCUGCCUCGAGGAGAAGGGGUACAGCAAGGACGAAUAUGUGCUCAAGCUUGUCGAUAUUUCCAAGGGAGAGAACUUUAACCCGUCGUAUCUCAAAAUCAACAUGAACGGCACUAUUCCCACACUGGUCGUCCCCACGCUCGAGACAACCGGCGCAGAAGUGGACACUCGCUUCCGCUCGCUCCGUGACACAAUCACCAUUUGCGACUUUCUUGAUCAAGCCCGGAAUUCGCACUCGUCUCGGACCACUUCCGACAAGCCCGCGCCCGCCUUGGCCCCUGCCACUAUUGAGGGCAAGGCACUGUCGGAUGAGCUGAUUGCGCUGAUCCACGAACCUACCGUCGACCCCAACUUCCUCGCGCUCGCCUGCAGGACAUCUGCCGAGCUGCAAGCGAAGACCGCGGAGGGGAAAAUGCUUGCCGACCGCAAAGAAGCCCUCGCUCGCUACGUCGAAGAGGCAAAGAAGCUCGCCAGCAACGCCGUCACCGCAGCGUUUGAGCAAAAGAUGGUGGUGUUUUUGCAGGAAAAGGCGGAUGCCAAUGAUGUCUUGUACAACAUCUACCAGGGCAAGUCGGGGUCGGAAAGGGAGCAGGCGUUUUACGAGGCUAGCAAGAAUGCCUGGGGGAAGGGUGUGCCGGGUGUGAUUGCCAAGCUGGAGGAGAGUAUACGCGGACCGUAUGCGCUUGGUGACCAAGUGUCUCUCGCCGACUUUCACGUCAUAUCCUGGCUCGCUCGAAUUGUGAUGAUCGCCGGGGGUGAUAGGAGUGCGGCGGGAAUUGACAAGUUGGAGGCGCAGAUGGGGAUCAAGGCAGGCCCAAAGGUUCGCGCGUUCUGGUCGGCAUGGACCGAGAGGGCUAGCUUCAAGGAAGUGUACCCGCAGGCCCUUCAUUAA